CUGAGUUGAUAAACAGCCGCAGGAAACUUGUCGUGCAGUUAACUUGCCCUCUUUAAACACCCACAGAAGAACAAUACACACCGUCAGAGAAAACUUGAAAACCGGGCUGUUUAUCCUGAGAGAGGAGGAAUCACCUAAGGACUUGAGAUCCAUCACCGGGGACACCACUUGCUGCUCAUCUGCUCUCCUCCUUAAAGUUAAUCUUCCAUGAAAGAAGACAUGACACAGGGAAACUAACACCCACGGCAGUAUUCUUCAGUUAGCAGCUUGGCAUUUAAGCAAGUGUAGAUGUCCUAAGAUGGAGAGUGCCAGAUGCUACACCAGCAGAAGGGGAGGAACCAGUGUGGAAAAGCCAGAGUGUAGAUAAUGAUGAGUGCUGUAGUGUGAGCAGUGUGAAGUGCAGUGCAGUAAAGUGAAGUGCAGAGAAGAGAAAAUGGCUUGUGUGUGUAUGUACCCCUGUGCUAGCCUGACCCUAUGAGAACUCUAACUUGCUUCAAAGACCAUGGGUGACCAGGAGGCUCUGGCGAGUCCUGGUGCAGUGGAGGAGGGGUCAUGGAGGACCUGGGGGGCUAGGAGAAGCAGUUGGGAGGAGCUGCUCCCUCAUGUGGGGCAGGGGACCUCUACACUGCUUCCAUCUCAGGGCAGAAGCAGCAGCAGGAACCUCCCUUUGAUAUGCCGUCCCUGGCGGCUGUGGCAGCGGACCACAUUGUGCUUCGCUGGCACACGCAAGUCCUGGAGGCGCUCCAUGUUCUUCCUGGCAGUUCUAGUCUGUUUAUUGGUGGUUUAUUCUCUUAUGGAGUCACCUCACCGAUCCUUUAUGAGCUCUGUACUGUGUUCCAGCCUGGUGCGUGGGCGGCCUCCUGAGUCGGUCUUCCAGUGUGGCAACCGUGGCAACUUCAGCCUCCACCAGCACCACCAACCACCCAAGUCUUCAGAGAAUCGGCUGCGGGAGGACCCCAAGGUGCUGCUCUUCACUGAGACACAGUACUCUAGGCUGGGGAAAGCCAUCACGGAGAUCCUGGUGGCAAACAGAAUUAAGUACAAAAUGGAGGUCUUUGGCAAAUCUCUUCCCGUGCUUACAAACCUUUCGAAGGGCAAGUAUGGAACAGUGGUGUUUGAGAACUUCGAGCGGUACCUGCAGAUUGACCAGUGGAACCGCGAACUCUUAGACAAAUACCUUCGGGACUAUAAUGUAGGAAUAGUUGGCUUCAUGCCGACCCAUGAAGAAACGCAAGUGGGGGCAAAAUUAAGGGGCUUUCCACUCUUCAUCCAUACCAACAUGGCAUUGGAGAAUGCAAGCCUCAACAGUGACAACCCAGUGUUGAGACUAACCCGAGCUGGAGGAAAUGUCUCGGGGAACCUGCCGGGGACAGACUGGACUGUCUUCGUGUCAGAUGACCCCAACUACAUGCCGCUAGAGUGGGCAUAUUCAAGUGUACCUCAUUAUGCCCAAGAAAAGCUUGUCUCUGCUGUUUUGGACAAGGGGGCAAUAGAUGGGAUUCAGCGUGUGGUGUUUGGGGGAGGCUUGGAGUUCUGGCUGCACCGGCUGCUAUUUCUUGAUGCUAUAUCCUACCUCAGUAUGGGCCGCCUCUCAGUGUCCCUCGACCGCUACAUGCUGGUAGACAUAGAUGACAUAUUUGUUGCUCGGAAAGGUAUCCGAAUGACGGCAGAUGAUGUCACAGCAUUGCUAGAAUCUCAGAAGCGACUGCAGGAGAUGGUGCCUGGCUGGAAGUUCAACCUUGGUUUUAGUGGAAAAUACUACCAGCAUGGUUACCCUGAAGAGAACAUAGGAGACUCUUAACUAUUUCUAAUUACAGAACAUGUGGAUGAUUUUUGGUGGUUUGGGCACAUGUGGGGACACACUCAGCCUCACAAGCUUACCCCAGCUGGCCUUGAAGCUCAGAUGCAGCGCAACAAGCAGUUUGCAAUUGAUCAUGGCAUUCCCACGGAUUCAGGUUAUAGUGUGGCUCCACAUCACUCUGGUGUUUACCCAGUGCAUGAGCCACUUUAUGAUGCCUGGAAGAAAGUAUGGAAUGUAAGAGUCACUUCUUCAGAAGAAUAUCCUCAUCUCUAUCCAGCCAGACUGCGCAGAGGGUUCAUACACCGAAAUAUAAUGGUGCUACCAAGGCAGACAUGUGGAUUGUUUACUCACACUAUCUUCAUUAACAAGUACCCAGGAGGAAGAACAGUGUUAGAUAAGAGUAUCCAUGGAGGAGAGCUCUUUCAGUCCAUUGUGUUUAACCCAAUCAGCAUCUUCAUGACACAUCUCAGCAACUACGGCAAUGACCGUUUGGCUCUCUACACCUUUGAGUCUGUAAUCAAGUUCAUUAAAUGCUGGACAAACUUGAACCUCCAGACUGUGCCACCUCUGCAGCUUGGCGAGAAGUACUUCCAUCUUUAUCCUGAGGAGAAAGAUCCAAUCUGGGGGGAUCCCUGUGCUGACCGCCGUCACAUGGAGAUUUGGUCCAAGAACAAAACAUGCGAGCAGUUACCCAAGUUUUUGGUGAUAGGCCCACAGAAAACGGGCACCACUGCUCUGUAUACCUUCCUGACCAUGCACCCAGCCAUUGUUGCCAAUUACCCAUCCCCAGAGACCUUUGAGGAGAUACAGUUCUUCAAUGGCAAGAACUAUUACAAGGGUAUUGAUUGGUAUAUGCAGUUCUUUCCCAUUCCCAAGAACUCUUCUGGCAAAUAUCUGUUUGAGAAAAGUGCCACUUACUUUGAAGGAGAAGUGGUGCCUAAGAGAGUCAAGUCUCUGCUUCCCAGUGCUAAAUUGGUCGCAAUCAUCAUACCCCCAGGACGACGUGCAUAUUCUUGGUAUCAUCACAUGCGGGCUCAUAACGACCCUACAGCACUUCAGUACUCUUUCUACCAGGUUAUCACAGCUACAGACUCCUCUCCUCGUCAACUCAGGGACCUCCGUAACAAAUGUUUAAACCCAGGCAUGUAUGCCAAGCACAUUGAGAGGUGGCUGGACUACUUCCCAGCUUCACAGUUAAUCAUAAUUGAUGGAGAAGAGCUCAGAAAUGACCCUGUAUAUAUUAUGAAUGACUUGCAGAAGUUCCUGGAGAUAGAGCCAUUUUAUAAUUACACAGAACAUUUACGGUAUGACAAGAGGAAAGGGUUUUACUGCCAGGUAAUUGAGGAAGACAAGACCAAGUGCCUGGGACGUGGGAAGGGAAGAGUUUAUCCCCCCAUGAAUGAAUCAGAGUCCAAGAUUUUAAAGGACUUCUACCAGAGCUACAAUGUUGCUUUGGAGAAGCUCAUCACAAGACUGGACUACCCUGUGCCUGGUUGGCUCGAGGACGACCUGCAGUAAUCCAAGGAGUCAUUGUGGCCAGUAAAAUGCGGGACUCAGGCUUUUGGGAGCUGCAUGGUCUGUACUUCACAGUCUGCUGGGACUUUUUUUUUCUGUCCUCUAUCAUGCUGUGUGUUGGUGCUCCAGCUAAGUGUUCCAAGCUAAUAGAGGUGAUAUGAAUGUACAAGAAUUAUCUGUUGUAUUGUUUUAUGUUGCUUUUUUUUCAUUAUUAUUAUUAUUAUUAUUAUUAUUAUUAUUAUAAUUGAUUAUCAUUACUUUCGAUAAUUAAUCAUUAAUUAUUAUAGUCAUUAUCAACAUAAUUGAUAUUGUUAUUGCUUCAUAUGUUACUUAAAUAAGUUUCAGAGAACAUUCAUUUAUGAAGAACAUUUGAAAGUAAAAAGCUCAAAUAUUUUUUACUUGCAAAAUUCAGCCUUCCCCCUUCCUUAGCACCAAAAAAGAAAGAUGAUUCAAGUGAUAAUAUUAGUCUGUAGAAGAUUUUAUUUGAAUAUUCAUAACAGCUCUCACGUGUUGCUUACAUCCGUAUAUAAGACUCAUUCAUCUUUGUCAUUCUUAUUGAUACUUUUCUUAUUGUUAAUAGUUUUCUUGUCAUACUUUACUUCUGGCAGUUUAUAUAGUCUUUUGUAUUUAGCCACACAGUUAAUAUAUACCCAAAAAUGAUACGAAGAAAAAAAGGAUAAGGAAAAAGAUUAUAGUCUUGUACUAUAGAAAGGUGUGAAAGCUAGGUGAGGGGGGAAGUUUGAAAACUUUCAUCAAAUAUACAUUUGAAAUAGUGACCCAUUUUUUAACACAAAUAGAACUAGUCAAAACAGUUCCAUUUCUCUGUACAAAAUUGAAGGGAAUAAAUCCAAUCCGACUGCAGCAUUUUGGUAGGAUUGUGAGAGUGGGAAAUGUGUCCAGGAGACUUGCUUCAUUGAAAGUGGCAGAAAAACUCUUGGUGAAAUUAAGGGUUUUUGCCUGAACUUUUUCUUCCAAAGUAUGCUUGCAGGAAAGAAGUUCUUCUUACACUUUUUCUUUUUCUUUCUUUCCUUAGCAUUAUAUUUCCAUUGUCUUUAUCUUUCUUUUUCUUCUUCCUUUUUUCUCUUUUGUGUGCAUCCUCUCUUCCUACUUUAUUGAAUUUUAUAGUAUAAUACAUUCUAGGAGAACAAAUAUUUCUUGCAGGUUUUUUCUUCUUAUAAUUGUGUUUUAUUUCUUUAAGGAUUAUUAAUGACACUUUUACCAUAGCUGACUUUAUAUCUAUGUAUCUAAUGUACUUUCAUACUGAUAUUUAGUUCCUGGUGGAAAAAAAAGAAACAAAAAGAAAAAAAAAUGCAUUUUUAGUGUUAUUUUAUGAUGACUUAUUUGGGUAACUGGCAUUUAGUUAUCCUGAGGAAAGUUCCCAUUCUGGUAUGGGAACAAAGGGGCUCAAGUAAGGGUGAUUGUUUACAGCUAGUUUGAGGUGUUUAGAAUGAGUGAAUAAGUAUAAAAUGAAUAAAUAAGUAAAUAAAACACAAACACACACACACUAUAUAUGCAUAUAUAUGUAUAUAUCUACA